AUGGACAAGUAUCACUCGAUCCAUAGCCAAGAUGAGGCGAGUUUUGAUCUAACAGCUACGCAUCGCCUACCGACGGUUUCGGCUGCGGAUGCUCUGGAGGAUCUCGAUGACGCCACGUCCAGAUACGUUUCCACCGGCCUGCCGGAUCUGGACGAAGCUCUCGGGUCCGCGUCGGCGGCAUGUGAUGAUCAUCAUCGGCCGACGGCGGCAUCGAAGCGCGCGGGAGGCAUUCCGCGGGGUCAGGUCGCUGAGAUCUGGGGUCCUCCGGGCGUGGGGAAGACGGCACUUGGACCGACGGCGACUACGCUACCCAAGGACACAGCCGUGGUGGUAGUCAGUUCGCUGUCAACGCUUGUCAAUCAUGCGUUCCCCAAGACCUCGGAAAACAGACCCGGACCGCAGCUGGGAAAGGGUCCCAGCCUGGCCGCACGCCGUCUCCAGACGCUGCAGCACGUCGUCAGCGCACUGCAAAAGCUGGCAGCGACGCGCAACUGUGCAGUCGUGGUGCUCACGCAGUGCGCAACCAAGAUGCAGGCGGAGAGCGGCGCGACCCUGGUGCCAGCCAUCAAUGCCAACGUCUGGGAACAGGGCGUAUCUACUCGGCUUGUCGUCUACAAGGACUGGGCCUGGAAAGACGGUAGUCCGAGCACGGUAUGCCUUGCGGGUGUGCAGAAGCUGGAGGGCAGAGCUGGGUCUGAAGCGGUAUCGAGCGCGGCCGCAUUUCGCAUUGAGGCGGCUGGCCUAAUCGCCCUUGAGUAUGAUGCUAGUCAGCCAUCGGUGGUCUUGACAAGUACACCAAGACGAAAGCGCAAGAUGGACGAUGCAGGCCUCGAGGUACCAGACAGCGACGAAGGUGAAGGAGAUUACGGCUGGGAAGUGGACGACGACGCGGCAGCGCCAGUCCCACCACAGACUCAAGGCAGCGAGGACCUGCUCCUCGGCGUCAAUCACGGCCUGUACGAUGAAGAUGAUGAUGAGAAUGGUGAUGACGAGGCUGGCGGCGACAGGGUGGUGCAGGAUAGUGAAGACGACGGGGGCCCUGUGAAUGACCGAGAUAGCGGCGAUGGGUCCGAAGCCGAGGACGAGCUUGGCCCUGGCCCUGGCCAUGGCCAACAAGGUGGACUGGACGGUGCAAGUGCCGGGCCGGAUUCGCUGAACAGCGGCACAGACCGGCGAUAA